GGAGGCAGAGGGAGAGAUUACAACUGUCAGCUUUUAUUUGCAAUCAAUCUCUGCUUUUAAGAUUGUAGUCGAGAUAUUGAGUGUUUGGUAGGUUAACUGGUGAACCGUAAAACAUGAAAAAGAAGAAUCCUGAGUGAAAAAAGGAGGAGCAGAGAAUGACAUGGUAAAUGAAAGCUCAGAGAGCAGGAGAUGCAGGAGAGAGAGGAGAUGGAGAUUCAGAGGGAGUGGGUAUUCGGAGCACAGUGUUCACAGAGAGAGUGACUUGCUGAAGAGGUGUUUUUGCAUUUGGACAUCUUAGACCAUCUCUAAGCCUAAUUCAACAGGACCUCUGCACUCCAAAGUCUCUUGCUCUUCUCUUUACUCUCUUUUGUCCUCUCCACCUGCAGCUUGAUCUUUUUUACACUGGGCUUUGCUUAUUUACCUUUCCUUCUUUUCUAUUUUCAUGCCCUUUUUCACCCGGGUCUAAAUAUCCCACCCCUGCUUCUGUCUCCCUCCCUCUUUGCCUUGCCAUGUUUCCCUAUUCUUCCCUCUCUCCCUUUCUGCGAGGAGAGAAAACAACAUCAACGGCUGAGCCACAGUAACAGCACAUGCAACAGGGAGCAAGGAGGACCUUCUGCUUCCCCACCUUUCGCUCUGACUCCCGUUUUCCUCAGAGGAAGCUUCUACCAACAAAGACAUAAAGAUUGCAAGAAUGGAUUUGAGCUGAAGAAGAGCUGUGAAAAUAAAAGGAUAACAGUAAGAGAUAAAAGGAACUAAGAUUAGCCUUUACAUUGAUUUUAAGAUUGUAGAGGAACAGGUGAAACAGUGUUAACAGGUAGUAGAGACUUGAAAAGAGAUGCCACCUGUGGCACCAGUCUGACUCAAGACCCGCUUCCUCGAUUAAUCGUGGCUGCUCUACUUUCCACAUACCUUGACCGAAUUUGACCACCGAUGGCAUCCAAGAAGAAGUGGUCAGAGCGGAGGGAGUUAAGGAGGGAGCGUGCGUUCUCCACUCGGGAUGAUUUAUCUGUUGCGUCUGGAGCAUCUGGGCCGGGGCGUCCCACCGCCAGGGGGCGUUUCUCAGAGUCGUGGAAGAGGCUCAGCUCCAGAGGGGGCUCCACCAAGAGGGGGGCGCUCAACUCUCAGCAGCCACCGGCACAGAAAUCAUGGAUAGAAAGGGCAUUCAGCAAGAGAGAAUGUGUUCAUAUCAUCGCGAGCACCAAAGACCCCCAUAGGUGCUGUUGUGGUCGUCUCAUAGGUCAGCAUGUGGGUUUGCCGCCCGGCAUCUCAUCGAGCCAAAAUGACAAGGCAGAGCGUUUGGGCAAGAAUGACAGCCUGUCAGAGAAGUGGUCAAUCAGCAAGCACACACAGCUCAGCCCCACUGAUGCCUUCGGUACCAUCGAGUUCCAGGGAGGAGGACACUCCAACAAAGCCAUGUAUGUGCGGGUGUCUUAUGACACCAAGCCUGACCUGCUGCUCCACCUGAUGACGAAGGAGUGGCAGCUAGAGCUCCCUAAGCUGCUCAUCUCAGUUCAUGGAGGCCUUCAAAACUUUGAGUUACAGCCUAAGCUCAAGCAGGUCUUUGGCAAAGGGCUUAUCAAGGCAGCAAUGACUACAGGGGCUUGGAUAUUUACUGGAGGCGUUAAUACAGGUGUGAUCCGCCACGUGGGGGACGCGCUAAAAGACCAUGCCUCCAAAUCAAGGGGCAAAAUCUGCACUAUUGGUAUAGCUCCAUGGGGCAUCGUGGAAAAUCAGGAGGACCUUGUUGGCAAAGAUGUGGUGCGUCCUUACCAAACCAUGUCCAAUCCCAUGAGCAAGCUGACGGUUCUCAACAGUCUCCACUCCCACUUCAUACUGGCUGACAAUGGCACCACAGGAAAAUACGGAGCUGAAGUCAAACUGCGGCGCCAGCUGGAGAAACACAUUUCCCUGCAGAAAAUCAACACACGGAUUGGCCAGGGCGUACCCGUUGUGGCUCUUAUCGUGGAGGGAGGCCCUAAUGUGAUCUCCAUAGUGCUGGAAUACCUCAGGGACACUCCUCCGGUCCCUGUGGUCGUGUGUGAUGGCAGCGGGAGGGCCUCAGAUAUCUUGGCCUUUGGUCACAAAUACUCAGAGGAGGGAGGCAUAAUUAAUGAGUCCCUCAGAGACCAGCUGCUGGUGACCAUCCAGAAGACCUUCACCUACAGCCGCACACAGGCCCAACAUCUGUUUAUCAUCCUCAUGGAGUGCAUGAAGAAAAAGGAACUGAUAACAGUUUUCCGGAUGGGCUCUGAGGGUCAUCAGGAUAUUGACCUUGCCAUCCUCACUGCAUUGCUCAAAGGUGCCAAUGCCUCGGCCCCAGACCAGCUGAGUUUGGCUCUUGCGUGGAACAGAGUGGACAUCGCACGCAGUCAGAUUUUCAUCUAUGGACAGCAGUGGCCUGUUGGUUCCCUGGAACAGGCAAUGCUGGAUGCCUUAGUUUUGGACAGAGUGGACUUUGUCAAGCUGCUGAUUGAAAAUGGGGUCAGCAUGCACCGCUUUCUCACACUUUCUAGACUGGAGGAGCUUUACAACACGCGACACGGACCAUCAAACACUCUUUACCACCUUGUCAGAGAUGUCAAAAAGCGAGAAUAUCCAGGGUUCAGUUGGAUCUACUUCAAGGGAAACCUGCCACCGGACUACCGCAUCAGCCUCAUUGACAUUGGGUUAGUCAUUGAGUACCUCAUGGGUGGAGCGUAUCGAUGCAACUACACCAGGAAGAGAUUCAGAACACUCUACCAUAACCUUUUUGGGCCCAAAAGGCCCAAAGCACUGAAGCUUCUGGGGAUGGAGGAUGAUAUGCCAAUCCGCAGAGGCCGGCAGAAGACAACACGUAAGCGGGAGGAAGAGGUGGACAUUGAUUUGGAUGACCCUGAGAUAAACCACUUUCCCUUCCCCUUCCAUGAGCUCAUGGUGUGGGCUGUACUUAUGAAGCGGCAGAAAAUGGCACUGUUCUUUUGGCAGCAUGGUGAGGAAGCUAUGGCCAAGGCUCUGGUGGCAUGUAAGCUAUGUAAGGCUAUGGCACACGAAGCGUCUGAGAAUGACAUGGUGGAUGACAUCUCUCAGGAACUAAAUCACAACUCCAGAGAGUUUGGCCAGCUAGCUGUGGAGCUCCUAGAUCAGUCCUAUAAACAGGAUGAACAGAUGGCCAUGAAGUUACUGACAUAUGAACUGAAAAACUGGAGCAAUGCCACCUGUCUGCAGCUGGCGGUAGCAGCAAAACACAGAGACUUCAUCGCUCACACCUGCAGUCAAAUGCUGCUGACCGAUAUGUGGAUGGGGCGACUCCGCAUGCGCAAAAAUUCAGGCCUGAAGGUCAUCUUAGGUCUGCUUCUUCCACCCUCCAUCCUUAGUCUGGAGUUUAAAAACAAGGAUGAGAUGUCCUACAUGCCACAAGAUCAGGACACUUACCUGCAGGAGAAAGAAGAGGAGGAGCCUGAGAAGCCGGUCAAGGAAAAAGAGGAGGAGGACAUGGAGUUCACAGUAAGAUCUUACUGUGAGACGCAGUACAACUCCGUGGCAAUGUUGGGUAAGGUAACCACAGAGACAUCCAGAAAGAAGGAUGUUGAGGAGGUCCAGAGCCGCCACCGUCUUAUCCCCAUGGGACGAAAGAUAUACGAGUUCUACAAUGCUCCGAUCGUCAAGUUCUGGUUUCAUACGAUGGCGUAUGUUGGAUACCUAAUGUUGUUUAACUUCAUUGUCCUGGUCAAGAUGGACCUGUGGCCUUCUCCUCAAGAGUGGAUUGUCAUUGCUUACAUCUUUACUAAUGGCAUUGAAAAGAUGAGAGAGAUCCUGAUGUCUGAACCGGGAAAGUUGCUUCAGAAGGUGAAGGUGUGGCUACAAGAGUAUUGGAAUAUAACGGAUCUGAUGGCCAUCCUCAUCUUCUCCGUUGGCAUGGUCCUGCGCCUCCAGGAACCGCCACUCAUGAGCUAUGGGCGGGUCAUAUACUGUGUCAACAUCAUCUACUGGUACAUCAGGCUUCUUGACAUCUUCGGGGUCAACAAGUACCUGGGUCCCUAUGUGAUGAUGAUUGGCAAGAUGAUGAUCGACAUGAUGUAUUUUGUCAUCAUCAUGUUGGUAGUGCUCAUGAGUUUUGGGGUGGCACGCCAGGCAAUCCUCAAUCCUAAUGAGGACCCCUCCUGGAUGUUGGCCAGAAACAUCUUCUUCAUGCCUUACUGGAUGAUCUAUGGAGAGGUGUUUGCCGACCAGAUAGAUCCUCCCUGCGGGCAGAAUAUCACCACAGAGGAUGGCGUGGUGGUGACCCUGCCGCCAUGUAAGACUGGUGCUUGGAUUGUACCUGCAAUCAUGGCUUGCUACCUGCUGGUCGCCAACAUACUUCUUGUCAACCUACUCAUUGCAGUGUUUAACAACACAUUCUUUGAGGUAAAGUCCAUCUCAAACCAGGUGUGGAAGUUCCAGCGUUACCAGCUUAUCAUGACCUUCCAUGAGCGUCCGGUUCUUCCUCCACCCCUCAUCAUCUUCAGCCACAUAACAAUGGUCCUAAAGCAUCUAUGCUGCCGCUGGCGCAAAAAUGAUGAUGACGAGAGGGACUAUGGACUGAAGCUUUUCAUCACAGAGGAUGAGCUGAAGAAAGUUCAUGAUUUUGAGGAGCAAUGCAUAGAGGAGUACUUCAGAGAGAAGGAUGACAGAUUCCACUCAUCUAAUGAUGAAAGGAUCAGAGUCACGUCUGAGAGAGUGGAGAACAUGGCAAUGCGAUUGGAAGAGGUCAAUGAGAGGGAGCACUUUAUGAAAGCAUCACUGCAGACUGUGGAUAUUCGUCUGGCCCAAAUGGAGGAGCUAAUUGGAAGAAUUACCGUGGCUCUGGAGCGUGUUACGGGUGUUGAGCGUGUUGAGGUCACUAAAGCACGCUCCCGAACCUCAUCUGAUUGCACAGACUCAGCAUAUAUACUUCGCCAGGCAGAGUGCCCGGAGUCUGCAUACAUCCUCCGCCAAAGCAGCUUUAACAGCACAGAGGGCAAUGCUUACCGCCUACAGGAGGCACUGGAGGGAACAGCUGAGGGCUCCAUGUCCCCUCCCUCUCCUACUGGCAUGGCUGCUCGGACAAGAAGUCACUCUUUCUAUCUUGGGGGUGGACGUGCUGUUGAACGCACAAGCGGGGCUGAGCGGGCUGAAAGAUUCUUUAAAGAGCGCUCACUCAGUCUUCACAGGGCCAAUAGCUCACAAUCUGUGUCUUCAGCUGCCGCCACCAAGGAGUCUAAGCCCCUCCCACUGGCGACGCUGUCGGUUUCCCAGCAGCACCGUCCGUCAUCAUGCAUUGAUAUUUAUGUCUCAACAUCUGAGGAGGUGGGUCCUGCAGAGGUCUUUCUUGAUCCUCUCCGUGUGGUCCCACCCCUCCAGAGAGACCGUUCACUGCAGUCAGAUAUUAUAGAGACGGUGCUGCCAGGAGGCCGUGACUACAGCAGCACUGCUACCAGCGGUUUGGGCGACAGGCACUCGGAGGGCGGCGCAGGCAGCAGUGGAACAACUGGAGCUAUGUAUGAUGACAGCGCGGCUGCUGAUUUGUCAUUGUGCUCAGCAAACCUCUUACCAGACACCAUCCUACCUCCUUGGGAUAUGGAGCCAUCUCCACCUCCCUCAGCAGGGCUGCUCGAACGCUCCAAGAGCAGCCGCUACCUCUCCACUGCAGGCACAACAUUCCUUGAUGAGCCUCCUCUGGUCAAGUCCCACAGCCUCAUGUUCACGUCACGAAGUUGUUACGGUGGACUGGGGGCAGGAGUUCAGGUGAAAGCCACAGAAUACACCAGCAUCACUGACUGUAUCGACACCCGCUGUGUAUCAGCUCCAUACACUCCUGCAGAAUGCUCACACUCACCAGGAGGAUCCACCUCAUUCACCUUUGAUAAGCCGUUAGACAUUAGUUCCUCUCAUCCGGAGAGAGAAGCAGAGUUAAGUCACACAGAGUCUGAUCCUGAGGACCCAGAGGACCUGAUACCAACCUCCGAUACUCCUCACAUAACAGGCCUUGGCAGGCCCAGUGGGGCUCCUCUCUGCUCAAACCUCUCCAGGCUUGAGCGAGCAAAUAGCUGCUCCUCAGAUGACUCCCAUCCUUCACUCACACUGGCUCCUCCGCAUCGGAAGAGCCUGUCAGUGAGCGAAAGGAUGGAGAGGGGACAGGGUUUGGGAGCAGACAGGGGACCUGGGCCUGGGGGGCGAGGUUUUGCGGGACACAGAUACCCUUUCCUCAGGAGCAAGUCCGGAGCACGACCUGACACAGCCAAAACUGACAGCCUGUCCAUAAGAAAGCUGGCUGCUCCAUCAGCUUUCCGCAGCUUUGAUAGACAAAACUACACGUGACAAGGGCGUAUUGGGGCCCUUACGCAUUGUUGGGGCUUGGGUGAAAACUGAAAAGGGCCAGAGUAACAGCAGGAUGAAGUUGCCCAUAGAUACUGAUGUUGAGCAUACCUAUACUGUGUUCCAUUAUUUUUUAGGUUUGGAAAAGUUUAAUUAUUAUCUGAUUAAAGGGCAGCUUUCUGCAACAGUAAGAAUCAGAAGGUCUAUGAAUAUCACUAAAAAGAAAGAGCUAUGAAUUUAGAUUAGUUUAUACCUCUUGUAGCAAAGUAAAUUACAAUGGGGUGCCAUAAAAAUGGAAGUUGUAAUUGUCCUGUAGGUCUUCCACAAACUGAAUUUACACAAAGCAGACAUUGGCCACUGUUUUGCACCACAUAUCUCACCCUAGAAAAAUAAAGUAUACUGGUUUUUCUACCUGUUUUAUGCGGUAGGCACUGUUCAAUCUGAGAGGCAAAGAAAAAGGUGAAGAAAAAGACUGUCAACUUCUUUUUGAUAUUUUGUGUAAGCAAUAUUGCAGGAAAUGUUCCAUUUCAAAGCCUACUUUUACAUAUCCCAAAAUCAUUAUUUAAACCAGAAUGGUACCCAAACAAGACCAGGUUUAAAGACAAAAAUUGCCAAAAAUUCUCCCUCUUUCAAAAUUCCUAGUAAUCCACGAUAAAAAUCAGAUCAAGUGCAUCCAUAAAUUAUGUAAGAAAAUGGAAUGGCAGGGGGA